AUCUCACUCUUUGUUCAUUUUACACUCAUUAAUCUGAUACAUUCUGUUUCUGUUUAAAUAAAUCUUUUGAAAUAAUUAUUUAAUUGGUAUUUCUUUUCCAUCUAAUAUUAUAUUUGCUACAAUUAUUCAUCAAUUGUUAAUAUUUUUUGUGUUGCCGUUGUAACCAUUAUUAAUGUCAUCAAUGUAUGAGAUUUACUUGGAUGAAUCAAAUGGCUCUAUCAGGGAGGAAGAUGAUGAUAUACCAGCUGAAGAAUUAAACACCGACAAUGCGAAUGGUGAUACAAGUAAGCCUGUUGAUGAAGUAAAGGUAGCUCCAGAAGUCAAAACUGAUACAAGCUUAACAUCAGGAAGUAACAAUGUGUGGGUCAGUGGAUUAUCAAGUAGCACGCGGGCGGCCUCCUUGCAAACAUUGUUCAAAAAACAUGGGAAAGUGUUGAGUGCCAAAAUUAUCACAAAUCCUAGAAUGCCUGGGUCCAGAGCUCACGGUUUCAUUACCAUGGAGACUGCUGAACAGGCAGAAAAAUGUAUCCAACAUUUAAACAAAACCGAAUUAGAUGGUAAAACAAUCACUGUCAGCAAGAAUCGUCCUAGUGAAUCAAGUUCGAGCUCUAGGCACAAAUCUACUAGUAGUAGCAGUUCAACUAAGAAAGACAAACCUAAAGAUAAAGAUUCAAAAUCGAGGAGUGAUGAAAACAAGGAUUCAGACAAGGAUAAAUCAAAAGACGAUAGUAAGAAGAGCGAUGAAAAAAGUUCACAUGAUGAUGAUAAGAAAAAGAGAGAGAAAUCUGGUGACAAAGACAAGGAGAAGGAAAAAGAUAGACAAAAGGAUCGGGAUAAAGAGAAAGAGAAAACUAAAAACAGAGAGAAAGACAAAUCCAAAGAUAAAGAGAAGGAGAAGAAGAAAGAUGACGAUAAAGACCAGUCAAAAGAAAAGGACAAGGACCGUGAUAAAGGUGUCGAAAAAGACAAAUCCAAAGAAAAGGACAAAGACAAAACUAAAGAAAAAGAAAAGGACAAAGAUAAAGAUAAAGACAAAUCUAAAGAAAAAGACAAAGACAAAGACAAAAAGGAUGACAAAAAGGAUGACAAAUCUAAAGAUGAAAAAGAGGCUGAUAAAAAGGACGAAUCUAAAGAUGAAAUUAAAAUCAAAAAAGAACGUUCCUCUAAAAGUCCGAGUCGAAGUCGCAGUCGUGAUCAUAAAAAAGGUUCUGAGAGUCCUCCUCGUAAAUUAGGUCGUAGACCAAUGAGACGUUUAGCUCCUGCGUUUUUGGCCCGAAGAAUGAAUACUCGUGGUCGAUCCUCUAGUUCUCGCCCUAACCCUGUUUUACUUAGGCGCAUUGAAACUGAAAGAGCUCAAAGGCGGAGAGAACGUGAUCGUGAGAUUCAAGAAGCCAAAAGGCGGCGAAUCGAACUCAUCCGAACCCAACGAGAAGUUGAACGCAAAGCUCAAGAGGAACGUGAUCGAAUUGAACGUGAAAUGGUAAAACUUCGAAUAGAAAGAGAAAGAUUGGAACGGGAAAAGGCUGAAAUCUUGAGAUUAGAAAGAGAGAAAGCCCGUCUCGAAAGAGAGCGACUCGAAAGAGAACGAGAUGAACUUAGGAGAAAACAAUUCCAGUUACCACAUCGCAUCGACGACAGCCCAAGAGGACGAUCUGGUAUCAACAAGAGACCUUAUGAUUCCCGAGGUGAUCCCAGGGAUAUGGAUUUGCAUUGGGAUGAUCGUAAAAGGAUGUCUAAUCCUUCACCAGUGACUGCAUCUGGAAGACCAUUUAAUGUAGCCGUUGGAUCUCGAAUGUCAGAUUUUGAUGCUCGUCAUGGUCACACAUCAGCUCCUUAUGACAAUAAAGGAGGUAAUUAUCGUCGAAUGAAAUUAGAUAAUCCAUCGUCUGGAGCUUCAAGGAAUGAAUACGACAUGAGACGAGAUUCUGGUCGUCAUGGUGGAAGCGGUGGUGGUCAUGAUCGCGAUGAUCGGCGGAACACUGGUGGUCCUAGUGGGGGUUAUUACAGGGACUCUUCUCGAAUGACAGGUUCAUCGCGAGAUCGAGAUCGAAGAGGAGGUGGAGGACGAGAUGAUUGGAAAGGUUCUCAUGAUCGAAGAGAUCGCUAUUUGGAUAAAGGAUUAACAUCAAUAGGUUCUGGUUAUUCUGCUGGUGCUGCAUACUCUGGUGGUAAUAGUGGAGACUGGAAUUCAGGAGACCGAGGCUCUUCAAAUUUAUCCAAAAUGUCAUAUCCAGCAGGACCUUCAGUUUCUGAAUCAAGGUCACGUGGAACAGGAUUGAGCUCAUCAUUGAUGACUGGUGGUGGAAAUCAAUUAAAUGACCUCUAUGAUAAUAGUUCAAAUAUGCCCAUGGCUGGUAUAAUGUCUCAUGGUGGAAUUGGCUCAGCAUCUGGAUUAGGAUCUGAUGAAAGACCUUAUAUGCAUUCUGUCAGACGCUUUUGAGCUUUUUUUCAUUUUCUUUCUAUUUUUUCUCUACUUCUCUUAAUUACUAUCAAAUCGCAUCCACAAUCUCGUGAAACAUUCAAAUUUGUAUCUCACACUAAGACAUACCUACAUCUAAAGCCAGCAUAUUAUACGGUUACACACAUAGAUAGACUCUCACAACUUCACUGACAUUAACAUUAAGCUUCUUCAUUAUUCUCUAAGAUUCUCAUCACUUACCACUGUGGAUACUUCAUCGAUUGGUAGCUAACCAAGUGGACAGAUAAAUUACUAAUUAAUGAUCUCUCUACCCUCCUUCAAGAAAAUGAUGAAAGUCAAGUUACCAGUCAAUUUCAAUUUUUGAUCGACACAUUAUUGGAAAUAUGAUCGACUCUGCCGAAUGUUAUCAAACCAUUGAAAAUAGCUUUUGAAAAUUUUUUAAUUGAGUUGCAAAUCAUGCAAAAACUAAGAAUAAUUACGCCUUUUUGGCCAAGAUUACAGAAUUCUCAGCUCCUAAAACAGCUUGAAAAGGGCGUUCCGAUUCAAUUUGCUGUUUUACCUGAUGGAGGUUGUGUGAAAAAAGAUGAAACUAAACAUGCCACUGAUGAUCCAUUUAAAGAAUUAAUAAUGAUUAUACAAACUUAAUUUUCAGGAUUGUUCCAAUUUUUGAUUUUAGGAUGUCAAUACAUGUGUAAAAAUUAAAAAACCUUUCUCCAUCGUUUUUGAUCACUA